UCUUUCCUAUAUAAGUGUACCGGCUUUCGCUUUCAGUCACAAUUUCUUGUUUAGCACCCUAGUAGACUUCACAGUGAAGAACAAAAUGUAUCGAAUUCUAUCAUUAUCGUCUUUCCUGAUGGUUCUGGCAAUUGCCGGUUCUGUACAAUUGCCUUCAGAAUUCAAAACAUGCAGCAGAAGUGCUGGAAACGUGAACCAGUGUUUAGCAGAUGCCAUACAAGGUGGAAUUGCUAUUUUAACAAAGGGCUCAAGGUCGCUAGGUGUACUUCCUAUAGAUCCUCUACUGGUGACGGAAAUGCACAUCAAUCAAGGUUCUGGACCAGUCUCCAUUAAGUUGAAUUUUAAGGAUCUUCUUAUUCACGGAGUGAGCAAUGCCAAGAUCAACUCUGUAACGUUUGAUGUGAAUAAUAAACUAUGCAAGCUGAUUCUCCAUGCCUCCGUAUAUAGUCCCAUUAAUCUUGUGGCUCAAUACAGCAUCGAUGGAAAAGUCCUCGUCCUGCCGAUUUCCGGUCACGGCAAUUGCAACAUUAGCCUUGCUAAUCCUGAAGCCAAGGUGGAACUGACUGGCAAAGAAGUUACUAAGGAUGGAGUGUCUUACGUUAUCUUCACGGGUUUAAACUUUGAUCUAAAUCCACAACGCGUAGAAAUGCACUUUGACAAUCUUUUCAACGGCGACAAAACACUUGGUGAUAAUAUGAACCGAUUCCUUAACGAGAAUUGGAAGGAGGUUUAUAGUGAACUCAAGAGCCCUAUUGAGAAAGCUUUUGGCAUCACGAUUUUGGAAGUGACAAAUCGCAUAUUCAGCAAAGUGCCUGCUGAGACUAUCUUUCCUGCUUAGAUAAGUAGACCUACGAGAAUGUUAUUUGGAAGAACGUUGCUGGAAUUCAUUAUACCUGCAGUUGAAGUGUAUUGAUGCUUAUUCAUAUGUACGAAAAAUAUAAAUGUUAAUGUUUAA